AUGCAUGAAAUUCUGCACAUUCGAAGAGGCCAAUGCAGCAACCAGAUCGGGUCUAAGUUCUGGGAGGUGGUGUGUACAGAGCACGGUAUUGACUCCACCGGACGGUACAAAGGCGAUAAUGAUCUGCAACUGGAGAGGGUUAAUGUCUACUACAAUGAGGCUAGCUGUGGGCGGUUCGUCCCACGUGCCGUUCUCAUGGACCUCGAACCUGGCACCAUGGACCUCGAACCUGGCACCAUGGACAGUGUCAGAUCUGGACCUUAUGGGCAGAUAUUACGGCCUGAUAAUUUCGUUUUUGGGCAGUCCAGUGCUAGGAACAACUGGGCGAAGGGUCGUUACACCGAGGGAGCUGAGCUAAUUGAUUCCGUUCUUGAUGUAGUGAGACAAGAAGCCGAGAAUUGUGAUUGCCUACAAGGAACUCUUCUGAUAUCUAAGAUCAGGGAAGAGUAUCCAGACCGUAUGAUGGUAUCAGACACUGUUGUUGAGCCCUAUAACGCUACACUGUCGGUCCACCAUCUUGUUGAGAAUGUCGAUGAGUGCAUGGUGUUGGAUAAUGAGGCUCUCUAUGACAUUUGCUUCAGAACUUUGAAGCUCACAUCUCCGAGCUUUGGUGACCUGAACUAUCUCAUAUCUGCUACUAUGAGUGGUGUGACUUGCUGCCUUUGGUUCCCUGGUCAAUUGAACUCAGAUCUUUGCAAGCUUGCUGUCAACCUCAUUCCAUUCCCCCGUCUUCACUUUUUCAUGGUUGGGUUUGCGCCACUCACCUCUCGUGGGUCACAGCAAUAUCGAGCCCUUACCGUUCCUGAACUCACCCAGGAAAUGUGGGAUGCAAAGAACAUGAUGUGUGCUGCUGAUCCUCGCCAUGGACGUUAUCUGACUGCCUCUGCAAUGUUUCGUGGCAAGAUGAGCACGAAGGAGAUAGACGAGCAGAUGAUUAACUCUACUGUUUGUGAUAUUCUUCCGACUGGCCUCAAGAUGGCUUCGACUUUCAUUGGUAACUCAACUUCAAUCCAGGAAAUGUUCCGAAGGGUCAGCGAGCAGUUCACAGCUAUGUUCCACAGGAAAGCUUUCUUGCAUUGGUAUACUGGAGAGGGUAUGGAUGAGAUGGAGUUCAUUGAGCCAGAAAGCAACAUGAACAAUCUUGUUGCUGAGUACCAGCAAUACCAAGAUGCAACAGCCGAUGAGGAAGGCUAUGAUUAUGAAGACGAAGAGGAUCUUCAGGAGGGGGCUUAA